CUCUUCCUUUUCCAACCAGACCUAACAAAUAAAAAAUAAAAAAAGAAUUAAAAAGAAAAUCUGUAAGGGUGUGUAUGGUAUUAAGAAAGCAGGAGUAAUAGAGUAGUGGUUAUUUAAUUUGGAGAGGUAGAAAUCGACAAAUUUAUUUUGAUAUAUGACAGUGACUUAAAGGACUGUCCUCACUAAAGUAUUGGAUCUUAAAAAAUCAAGACUCCCUCUAAUAAUUGAAGCAAUAGAAAAUUGAAUCAGAUCGUAAUAUACGUGGCAUGUGCCCAAACGUGUCAAUUUUAAAAAUUAAACAUGUAGAAUACUUCACAGCAUCCUCUUCCUCAAUAGGAAGUUAUCCCCCUAUAUAUGCCACUCAAUAUUUCAUUUCUUCUCAUAUGAUCACAAUUCUCUACCAACUCAAUCUCCUCUAAAGCUCUCUCUUUCAUCAAUAUUUAUCUCUCCUUUUUAAGUAAACCAACAAUUCAAAACUCUACCUAAAAAGGAAAAUGGAUCAGAAAUUGCCAGUUAUAGCAAAAAAAUUCUGGAAGAUAGUCCAUGUAGCUUACUUCAUGCUGAAAAAAGGAUUGUCGUCAAAGAGAAAACUAAUGUUUGAUCUCAACUUAUUAAUGAAACGUGGCAAAAUUGCUGGCAAAACCGCCAUCCAAAAUCUCAUGUUCCACGACCAUAAGAAUACACAAGGCCAUCACUCAUCGUCCAAAGACUACUACGAGUUCAGUUGCAGUAACAGGCCAGCUUUUCACCUCCCAUUUCACCUCAACAAACGCAAUAAUAAACAUAGUCACCAUGCAGUACCUGCCAUUGAACACGACGAUGUUAUAAUGAUCAACGCUGCUGUUUUUAAGGCAUUGGAGGUGCUUCAGAGUGAAACAGCGUCACCUGCUUUGCCUGGAUUUGGGAGGACACCUACGGUGAGGCAAUUAAGGAUCACUGACUCUCCUUUCCCUUUAAGAGAUGGAGCAGAUGAGGGUGACAUGAUGAGCCACGUAGACGAGAAAGCUGAUGAGUUCAUUUCUCGUUUCUAUAGAGAUUUGAGAAGAGAAGCUUCUGCUUCUGCUUUUGCUUAAUGUUUCAGAGUUUUUUUUUUCCUUGUGGGAUAUUCGGGAAAUUUUUAGAGGAAAGUAAAAGAAAAAAAAAACUAAAGAGUUUAUAAAUAUGAUACCCUCCCUUUGCUAAAUGGUUUCAUCUGAUGAUACAUUCAAGGGCCGAAGUCCCGAAAUUUUGCAUCCAAAAAUGUUCAAUUAAUAUUACUCCUACCUUUUAUUUCU